UAGCUCUCAUACUGUCUCGCACUCUAGUUCUCAGUCUUUCCCUUCCAAUCUUGUCUUGCUGCUAUAAAGCUUUGUCUGUGAGUGUUUUCUGCAAAGCUCCUUCUCUUUUCCCUCAUUUAUCAAUCUCCUCUCUGGAUCUCCAUUGUGGGAUCUUCUUGUUCUUUCCUUCAGGGCAUAGAAUGGAGCUCAGGAUAUUCAUCAGCUUUUUAUUUGUGAUCAUUAUGGGCUCUCAGAUGUUCUCAUCUCAAGCUAAUGAUUUCUAUGUUGGUGGGGAAGAUGGAUGGGUGUUAAAUCCUUCUGAGAACUACAAUCACUGGGCUGAAAGAAGCAGGUUUCAAGUUAAUGAUACGCUUGUUUUUAAAUACAAGAAUGGAGCAGACUCUGUAUUGGUUGUGAGUCCAGAACACUACUACAUUUGCAAUACAUCGGCACCGAUAAUGAGUAUGGUAGAUGGUAAUUCCAAGUUCAAGUUUGACCGAUCGGGUUCUUUCUUCUUCAUCAGUGGCAAUCCAGGUAGUUGUGAGAAGGGUCAGAGGCUGAUCGUCGUUGUUUUGGCUGUGAGGAACAGCACUCCCUACGCACGUAGUCCUCACUCAUCUCCGUCAACUCCUUCCCCAUCUCCGACGGCCUCGCCACCCAAAGCUAAGACACCCGUUUCGCCAUCUCCUGUUGUGGAAGCUCCAUCAGCCUCUCCGCCCAAAGCAACAGCACCUGUGUCACCAUCGCCUCUGAUCCAAACGCCGAUUUCAUCUCCACCACCUAAGUCGAGGACACCCAUGUCACCAUCUCCUGUGGCCCAAACUCCGACCUCGUCUCCACCCAAAUCCAUGGCACCCGCAUCACCCUCUCCUGUUGUCGGUACUCCAACGUCCUCACCUCCCAAAGCAAUGGUUCCCACAUCACCAUCUCCUGUUGUCAAUGCUCCAACAUCCUCACCUCCCAAAGCGAUCACACCUGUGUCGCCAUCUCCAGUGGCUCACUCACCCACCACGUCGUCUCCACCCAAAGGAAUGUCACCCAUGUCACCUUCUCCGGUGGCUCUGUCUCCGGUUUCUCCUCCUCCAAAAGCCAUUUCACCCGUAUCCCCAUCUCCUGUGGCUAGAACCCCGACGUCAUCUCCACCCACAGCAAUGUCACCCAUCUCACCAUCUCCGAGUGCAUGGACACCCAUAUCGCCGGCUCCAACAGUGGCCAAGACUCCCGUUUCGUCUCCAUCGCCAGCCUAUACACCCAUAUCAUCCCCUCCAAUGUCAUUGACACCAGUGCCUUCUCCUUCAUCCUACAUACCGAUUCCAUCUCCUAAGGCAUCUCCUCCCUUGACACCCUCGUCGCCGGUUCCUCCUCAAGCUGAAACUCCAGUGGCCACCCCAGCAGGCAAGACACCAACGCAGGGUGAUACUCCGUCGGAUCUUGCACCAGCACCUGCUCCUUCAUCCUCCCCGGCUCUUACGUCCUCGCUUCUGAUGAUUUCAAGUGUUUCACUCGUAGCAAGCAUGGUUUUGGGUAGCGUUGUUUGCAUCUACUAGGAUCAUGACUAAUUACAGGGAUUUAUUUUGUGGAACUAAUUUUUGGUUUGUUUGCUUAAACAGUUAAUUAGAUGUUGGGUUUUGGCUAUUCAAUUUUAUAUAUGGGUAUUGUUCAUACGUCUUGAUGUCA